CUCUAUCGGACAAGAACAUUUUCUUUAUCGAAACAUCGGGUAUUACGAAAGGAGAUUUAAUGCUGAAAAGUCGUCAAGGCUGUGCGGUCGAGUCUGCCGCUAGAAUGAAUCCAAAUAUGACCGUGUACCUGCUGCUCGUCUCCCGUUCGAAGGUUCCGAAUCAAUCGACGAAGUUCUUUGAUCAGCUGGAAAGCUAUCCGAAUGUUCGAAUUAGAUGCGUCUAUUUAGACAAAUACAUGGAAAACACGCCGCUGGAAAAGUGGUACAAAAGAGGCGUGUGGAAGGAGAGUCAAUGGCCUAUAUCACACAUGUCCGAUGUCCUUAGGUAUCUGACGCUGUGGAAGUACGGAGGAAUAUACUUGGACUUAGACGUCGUUGUCACAAAGUCUCUCGAAGAUUUAAAAAAUUUCGCUGGUAUCCAAGAUGAGGAAACUGUGAAUUCUGCUGUCAUCGGUUUCGACUGUUCACCAUUGGGACGAUUUAUGGCAUAUCGUUGCAUUCACGAUUUGAAAAUGAAUUUCCGUGGCGACAGUUGGGCUCACAAUGGCCCUGGAGUAAUCACGCGAAUGUUACAGAAAUUUUGCUCCACCAAGAAGAUUGAGGAAUUGACCACCAAGCGGUGUCAUGGUUUCGAAAUUUUUUCUCCGUCGGUCUUUUAUCCAAUUCGUUACGAGAAUUGGACGAUGUACUUCAAGGACGAAGAGAAAGAGAGAACAAUUGAAUUAAUGAAAGAGGCGCGAGUCAUUCACUUAUGGAAUAAACUUAGCAAGUAUAAAGAAGUGCCCGUAGAGAGCGACGUACCAUAUGCGAUUCUUGCAAGAAGACAUUGCCCGAGAGUUUUCUAUAAUUCUGGAACAAUAUUUCGAUAA